AUGCAGCAAAACUGCGUGAAGCUCAAAAUGGCACGGGACCGCGACCCUGUAAGAGAUGUCUCGGGAGAUGUGGAGUUCUUCCGGCGAUUGGGUGAGGAUGAUGAAGACGACAAGGACAAAAAGAAGAAGGACGAGGGGCCGAAGGACGGUGGCUCCGUGAUUGUCGUGAUAGAAUGGACCGACCACCAGUGGGAGGACUUCGUAAAGCAGGCGAAGAAGGAUGGUGUGAAGGAGACCGACUUCCCGCGCCUGCGCAAAGAGAUCCCCUGCCACCAUGCCCCCAUCAAAGAGGUCGUACCGUUCCUGUACUUGAUGCACAAUCUGGAGUUGAUCAGGCGGAUGAUGCACACCUACACUGGUACCUUCCUGAUCAUGGUGUUCCUCGUCUUCGGCGUCGGCGGAGGCUACUUCUGGUACUGGUACACCGUGAUGCGCACGAGUCAGCGAAGGCUGAAAAUGCUUGAGCCGGGCACCUUGUCGAUCCUGGUUCUGGACUGCGGCCUUGUUGGCUUCACCAAGAGCGCCACGAAGAUGCUGGUGGAGCGUUGCGUCGUCACGUUCUUCUUCUGGAAGCCGUCGAGGUUGCAAAUCCAAGGCUUCGUGCUCUUUGGCAUCAUCGUGUACCCGCUCCUCUUCGUGGUCAUCACCUGCAGCAUGAUCUUCACCUAUACCGUGGGGGAGUGCACUUGGUGCAGCGCUCCACCCGAUGAGGAGGCGAAGACCGAAGCAGAGGUCGAUAACACCCCGAAGAGCAUGGCGACGGAUACCACCGCAGGGGAAGAUGACGAUGAGGAUGCAAAGAAUCAGAAGCACACUGUCAUGGUCUUCAAUGAGGACGUAGAACAGUGGAUCGACCCUGCGGCCAACGAGAUCAAGGUGACGUUGGAGCCUCCUAUUCCAAGCUGGAUUCCCGUGGCUGGCGAGAUAACGACUGGCCACGUCCGAUCGUGCAUCCCGGUCCUGCAACCCAAUGGCUCCGCCAUCAGCUUCAAGACGGAGGAUCAGGAGCAGGUAAAGGUCAAGGAGACGGUGAACAAGCAGCAGCUUGAGCAGGAAGCUCUAAAGCUGGAGAAGGAGCUGGAAGCGGAACUGAUGUCCAAGAAGCACGAGGCCAAGCAUGCCGCGAACAAGCAGAAGAAGCAGGAGGAGAAGGAACUUAUGGAGAAUAUCAAGAAAAGGAAGGAGAACCACCAGCGGGACCUAGAGGCGGCCAAGACGCAGCUGAAAACCCUCGGCAAGCAGUACUUUGCCGAUGAGCAGGAAUACCUGCUGCACAGCGACAACUGGUCCUCCAACUUUGAUGACCGCCUCUGGGUCAGAGACACCAAGAAGGAAGAUGAGGGCAAGGGCUUCUGGCUGGAGAGCAAGAACGGAUCUGAGAUGACGCUGGCAAAGCUCCAGUCACUGCCACCCCAGCAGCAGAAGGACCACUUCCCGCUGAAGAUCACGUGGAAGCUCUACAAACUGUCCAGCAUCACAGAGGAUAAGGAAGGGCCGUCGGGGAGACCCUCCUGGUUUCCUGAGGUCGAACCGAAGAAAGACGAUCUUGAUGAAGCUUUCCAGUAUAAUGUGGUCCGGAUUGGCGAGUUGCUCGAAGAUUGGGGAUCGCGAAAAGAUCGCGAGGACUCAGAGAAGCUGGACAAGGAGGAAGCCUUUGCCAUCAAAUCGUUUCUCGAGGGCAACAUCCGAAGAGAGAAGCGCCUUCUGAAGUACAACAUCAUGAAGGUUGCGGCGCACAAAGGCAGCCUCGUGCCGCAGGAGCCCUUCAGAAUGUUGGGUGCUCCCAAGUCGGAUACGAAGGAAGAGACCAUCGAAGAUCACAAGACCAAAUGGUGGUUCGACAGUGAAGAGGAGGAAGCCUGGGAGACUGACAUCGCACGGAAGGCGCAUCUCGAGUAUACCCCCGACUGGCAGACACAGCUGAAGCAGCUCCUCAAAGAUCGAAACAUAAGCGAGUCGUCGGAAGGGGAUGCCUACGUCGUGAAGAAUGCCCAAGACAAAGAAGUGAAGACGGCAAAUCUGGCAUCUGCGUCAGAAGACAAAAAAAGAGAGAACUUCCCACUGAGAAUCAAUUUCCAGCGCAUCAAGUUGGCGAAGAUGGCGCAGGAGAAGGGCGCCCAGACGGGUUCCGAUAAGCCGCCGCUCACAUUCUGGCUGGACCAGUUCAAGGAAAACCAGCACUACAUCGCUAACGCCAGCGGGCAACGCCUAGUCUACAUGGGCGACAGCACUUCCUUCUUCGGCUGGAUGAAGAUGGGCUUCGGUGCGCAGGCUGGUGAGUGUGAGUGGAUGGACGAGCCGGAGGAGGGCUGGGACGGGUUCGACAAGAUGUUAGACCAAGAAGGUGUGUCCGACGAGUCAGAGGGCCGGCUGGUCAGGCUCGGGAUCCACAACCCGUUAAUCAAGGAAUUUACCGGGGCCCACAUGGAGCUCGCUUGCUCUCUCUCUGGCGGCUGGAUGGCCUCCAUGGCGAGUCACUCCGCUGGCCACGCACCUUACGACCUCGCGGCGCGCGAUCGGCGCGGCGAGCCAGGACCCUCCGGCCUCAUCCGUUUCAGACCCACCGCUGUGGCACAGCGCGACCUCUCACUCCUCGACAGUUGCCUCAUGAACGGAGUCAAGGAUGGCAUCGAUGGACCUUGUUGGGCGCUGGGCGACGCUCCCCUCUGUACGCCCUCGAUGUUCGUCCUCAGGCGCAAGCAAUGCGCAGUCGGCACGGACUGGAAGCGUUUCGACCAGAGGGUGCACCCUGGGCCAGGCAAUGUGGUUGGCGGCCAGAUACAGCAGGCCCGACUCAGGCGGCGACCCAAUGGCGGGCCACUUACAAGCUACGCCAACCAGUUGGGGGUCUGGGUUGCUGGCCACCAUCCUGGAAGUCCUGAGAAAAUGGAUCUCAAAACCCGCCCCUCCGAAUUUGAGAAGGGUUAG